GAGGUAUUACACGAAUAAGAAUAUCUUUAUUCCGAAGGUCCACAAGUUAAAGGAAGUGCUUGUCAAGAGCCGCACCUUAACCUCAUUCCAUCACUCUCUCAGCUCACUAUAACUUUCACGUCAACUCAUCUUCACCAACACUCCAUAUACACAUAUUCCGAGAUUGGAUAUCACUUCGCACCACAUCAAAAUGUUAGACAGACCACCAAUCCGCAUCGGCAACGUCUCCGGCGCAACAGGCGACCAUCCCCACGCCAUGUCCCGCAUGGUCCGCUCCGGCAACGUGAACGUCAUCACAGGAGACUGGCUCUCCGAGAUGAACAUUGCCUGGAACGCAAUCACCAAGCAAGAAGUUGAUCCCAACCUAGGCUACGAAAAUGGCUUUUAUGAACAACUUGACGAGUGUCUUGAUGAUAUCAUGCAGCGCGACAUACGUGUUGUAACUAACGCGGGGGCGUUGAACACUGAUGCAUUGUAUGAUAAGGUCAGAGCGCUCUGUGAGAAGAGGGGAUAUGGGGAUUGUGUUGUUGCAAAGGUGCUGGGGGAUGAUGUUUCGGAUGUUGUUAUGGAUAGGGAGAGGAGGAGGGAUGUGCAGAUUACGCAUUUGGAUCAUCCGGAGCAGACUCUUGAUUCUUGGGGUUUUACGCCGUGCUGUGCGACUGCUUAUAUUGGAUGUUGGGGUAUUAUUCAAGCUCUUCGCUCGGGUGCGCGUAUCGUUAUCUGCGGUCGAUGUACUGAUGCUUCUCCUGUUAUGGGUGCUGCGGCAUGGUAUCACGGCUGGCGAGAGGAUCAGUAUGAGGAGUUGGCUGGUUCGCUUCUGGCUGCUCAUCUCAUUGAGUGCGGCCCUUAUGUCGUUGGCGCGAACUUCUCAGGUUUCAAGGACUUUCUACCUGAACUUGUGGAUAUUGCAUUCCCUAUUGCAGAGAUUGAUCCAAGAGGACGAUGUACCAUUGGAAGAACAGCAGAAGGUGGAGGAAGGGUCACAAAAGAGACAGUUACCGCACAGUUACUCUAUGAACUUCAAGGUCAUCUAUAUCUGAAUCCCGAUGUCGUCGCAGAUCUCUCUGGAGUACGAGUCGAACAAGAGUCAGAAAACCGCGUUUCCGUCUCAGGAAUAAAAGGCCUCCCUCCCCCGCCAACAGCAAAAGUCAUGAUCGCUGCCAAAGGCGGCUUCCAAGCUGAGGCAACCUUCUACAUCAACGGUCUCGACGUCUUCGAAAAAGCAGCCAUGCUGAAAGCUCAACUAGCCCACAUGUUCAAAGACUCAAACUUCAGCCGUUUGAGUAUCGAGCUCUACGGCACUCCAGCUGAGAACCCAACGUCUCAACAAGCAGGCACUGUAUCACUCCGUGUCUUUGCCCAAGCUCGCCGAAAAGAAGACAUUGACGCGCCUAAGUUCAAGGUACCAAUUUACGCUCUCCGCAUGCAGAGUUACCCGGGAUAUCAUAUGAAUCUUGACUUUAGAACUAUGGUUCCCAAGCCGUUUAUGGAGAUGUUUCCUGCGCUUAUGCCUGUUUCUGCGAUUGAUCAUCGUGUUGAGAUGAGUACAGGUGCUUCACAUCGCAUUGAACCACCGCAGAAAACAGCCAAGUAUCCUAUUGUACGGCCGUCGACGGAAACGCAUGGGCCGGUUGAUAUGCUUACUUUUGGACCGACGGAGUGGGCGCCGCUGGGAAGUGUUGUACAUGCGAGAUCAGGGGAUAAGGGUGAUAAUUCGAAUGUUGGGUUCUUUGUUAGGAAUGAUGAUGAGUAUGCUUGGUUGAGGAACCUAUUGACUGUUUCGAAGUUGAAGCAGUUGUUUGGGGAUGAUUGGUUCAAGGGGAAUCCUGACAGGAGGGUUGAGAGGGUUGAGUUCCCUGGUAUCAACGCUGUGCACUUUCGGGUAUUGGAUAACUUGAACGGAGGCAUUGCGUCUUCAGAUCGAAUUGAUGGUCUUGGGAAGGGAAUUGGCGAGUAUUUGAGGAGUCGAUAUGUCGAUGUGCCAAAGGCAUUUCUUGAAAGGGGGCGUAUCUAGUCAUCAUUCAAAAAUAGAUGUGAGCACUUACAUUACUUAGGGACUCGAUGUACAGUGUUAUUCGAAGCCUGAUGUUCUCACG